GUCAGACUAUGAGACAGUUCUCACAGAACUCUCACCACCCAGUUCAACAUGUGGACACUUAUACUCGUCUUGUCCAGUCUAUUCCCAGCUGGAACUGCUGCUGUAACUACAGUAACUGGAUACAAGGGCCGUUCAGUUCAGAUCAGAUGCCCCUAUAAGUCUGGAUAUGAAACCCACAUGAAGUACCUCUGCAGAGGAGAGUGUUAUACUUUCCGGACUAAGAACAUCCCUGUUGAUUCUAAAUCUGCUAAAGACGAGAGAUUCUCUCUGAAUGAUGACACAGCAGCCAGAGUCUUCACUGUUACCAUCACUGAUCUGAGAUCUGAGGAUGGAGGAAAAUACUGGUGUGCAACACAGCAGAAAGUGCAUGAUCACUACACAGAGAUUCUGUUAGUGGUUAAAGUGGACACACCUAUGAAUGUUAUUGUCUCACACUCCACCUACACCCCUCCAACACCUGAUCCCAGCACAUCGGUGUAUACUGAGUCCACAUGGUCAACUGGAGGUCACACAGUAAAUGAUGUGAACCUCCAAACCAACAGUCCCUCACUCCAUGUAUUUCCAGGUCUGGCUGUGUACUUCUCUAUUGCUGCUGGUUUAGUGUUGGUAACUGCUGGUGUGAUUAUAGCAGUCUACUGCAGAAUAAAGAAAAAAGACCCAGAGACAGUAACACAGUCUAGAGAGGUGGGUACAAAGUCACAUGAUAAAAUAUGA